UUUUGACACUGGCGCGCCAAAUAUGUGCAAACAUCAACUUGCCUGCAUGCUUUUCUUGCCAGUAUUCACAACGUUAUCACUGUAUUUACCAAAAAGUUUUGUGUGAAUCAGGAAAACGCCGCUGGUCGGAGGAGUCCACGCAGACUUUGUGUGACUUUGCAGCAUGGCGGUGCCUUUUGUGCAGGACUGGGACGUCGUCCAGACUCUCGGAGAAGGAGCCUACGGAGAGGUGAGGCUGCUGGUCAACAGGCAGACGGAGGAGGCGGUGGCCGUGAAGGUCAUCGACACCUCUCAGGCCAAGGAGUGCGCUGACAAUGUCAAGAAGGAGGUGUGCAUCCACAAGAUGCUCAGCCACUCCAACAUUGUGCGUUUUUUUGGCCAUCGGAAAGAGGGACCGACCGUCUACCUCUUCCUGGAGUAUUGCACCGGAGGAGAGCUGUUCGACCGGAUAGAACCGGAUGUUGGGAUGGCAGAAAAGGAAGCUCAUAGGUUUUUCCAGCAGCUAAUAGCGGCUGUGGAGUACCUCCACAGUAUUGGCAUCACCCACAGAGACAUUAAGCCGGAGAACAUACUGCUGGAUGAGAAAGAUAACCUGAAGCUGUCGGACUUUGGCCUCGCCACCAUGUUUCGCCACAAAGGGCGCGAGCGUCUCCUGAACAGGCUGUGCGGGACGCUUCCCUACGUGGCACCAGAGCUGCUCGGCCAGACGGAGUUCAAAGCCCAGCCUGCAGACGUCUGGGCCUGUGGGAUCGUCCUCACCGCCAUGCUCGCUGGAGAGCUGCCAUGGGAUCAGCCCACCGACAGCUGCCAGGAGUAUUCAGACUGGCUCCAGAAGAAAACGUACCUCCCGCCUUGGAAGAAGAUACAACCAGCACCUCUCAGCCUGUUGUCCAAGUUACUGCUGGCCAGUCCAGAGGCUCGCAUCACCGUCUCCGACAUAAAGAAAGACCUCUGGUUUACUCAGACCUGCAGACCAGGUGGAAAGCAGCAGCCAGAUUCUCUGCGCUCAGCAAACAAAUUUCUGCGAUCUGAUUCAGGACUCAUUUCCCGAGCUAACAGCGAUGACAGGAUGCAGUUCUCCAGCUCGCAGCCCGACCCCGGCAGUAUGUGGGAGGCCAUGUUGUUAAUCGGCCAAGCAGACGGCCAGGUCAGCUUCUCCCAGCCGGCCAAGCCUGAGCACAUGCUGCUGGGCAGUCAGCUGGUCGGGACGCCAGGGGCCAGCCAGACGCCCUGGCAGCGGUUAGUGCGCAGGAUGACGCGCUUCUUCACCACCGUGGACGCUGACGCCUCCCUCGCCGCUCUGAUAAACAUUUGCAAAAACCAGGCGCUUGCCUUCAAACAAACCUGCACCAACCAGGUGACUGUGAGCACGCUGGACAAACGCAACAACAAACUCAUCUUCAAAGUCCAUUUGCUAGAGAUGAAUCACAGAGUGCUGCUGGAUUUCAGACUGUCUAAGGGCGACGGUCUCGAGUUCAAGCGUCUCUUCCUGAAGAUAAAACAGAAGCUGGGCGACAUCAUCAGCACCCAGAAGAUCCCAGUCCCCGUCACAUAACCCGCCCAUGUUACAGCUGCUGGUGUUUCCACACUAAAGAGGCAAAAGAGCCGUCAGUAUGUCCGUGCUGUGGACUUGAGAGAUAAAACCUGUACAUAGUUUGUCUGUUGUAAGGAAUGUAUUCUUAUCCGGAUAUUUUACAUGUGUUCUUCUGCUGUGGUCUCACAUUUGUUUGUAAGUGUGUGUGCUUCUGUUUUCUCCUGCUUCUGUCCUUGUGAGAACCAGUUCCAGCUGCAUUUUAGACCUUUGAUCACCAGUUAAAGUUUUAGAGCUUUGGACUGAAGAUAUUUACACCAGUCCUUGUGUCUUUUAAAGUGCUGCUUUAGGAAGGCCAGGCGUUUGGUCUGUGGAUUGAGAUUAGGGAGUGAAUUUAUGCGAAAGGUCCACAUAAGGAUAGAAGUGUGUAUGUGUGUGCAUGUGUUUCUUUUCAUGUCUCUGCUUUGAGAGGACAGAUGUGUCCUGGUUAUGUUGUCUGGGCAUGAAACAGUCCAUAGUCUUGAAUAAAUUACUGUGCUUUUGCAUAUCGGACAAAUUUAAUGACGAUACUGGUGUAGCAAGUGUUUCAGGAUUAUUUUCAGACGACUUGCUUUGAGUUAGUUAGUCAGUCAAAUGAGGGGAAAAAGAAAAUUCAUCAUUAAUUGUAAAACAAGGAGUCAGCAGUGGUGGUUCAUAAGUAGCCCAACUACAUAUUUUUCCUGUCAAAAAAUACACUAAUACAUACUAUACUGUACAUCACUU